GCCAUCAUUUUCGCGCUCUCGCUCUAGUUAGUGGUUGAUGAUUGGUAUUUUGUAAAAUUUUGGUUUUUAUCUGGUGAAAGUGUGAUUCUAGAUUGUGCAUGGACAUUUCCUCAAUCAGUUGAAUCGAUCUUUCAAAAUGGAUUAUAAGACUUGGUCUCGGUUUGAGGCUGUCCCAUUAUCUAAUGGAAUAGUCACCCGAAGAACGGGUCUUGACUAUCUGAAACCCCCAGCUGAGAUCCUGGCUUACUACCGAGAACACUUUGGCAUUUACUGGUUCAACAAGCUGCCGAAGACUGACAACGUAUACUCGCCCUGCUCCCAGUUGUACGGCUGCACGCUGGCGCCCGGAAUACCGCUGAUACCCAACCUGUGUCGGCGGCCGCUGCGGUCAGCUGACGAGGGGUAUGACUACACGACCUCGCGGACAUCCAGGUACACAAGGUACUCUCAGGACGACUCUCCGGACUUGACGGAACACAACAACUACAUCAAUACGAUGUUGAACAACGGACACUCUGAUCACAACAACACACAGUUGCUUGGACUGAACCUACCUCUGCCCAGACGCAGGAUAGAGUUCAAUGACUCCGGGCUUGACAGUGACAGCGAGAUAGAGACCUAUGACAACCACAUCGGUUACACCAAGACACAGGUACAUAGUCAGAAUCACGUGACCUGGUUUAGCUGGAUACUCACAAUUGUGACAACUAUUGUGACCACAGUCGUGACUACGGUCACAGAGACCAUACAACUGAGACAGACCAAGCAGUAUGACACAGUGGAUACAAGAGUUCCGCUGAAGCAGACGACAGAUGUGUCAUGGUAUCAGUAUCCUGUAUUGUGGCUUUACAAGAUGGCGUUGGCAGUACAAAAAGCUGACGUAUGGCUGCUGUGGAAGGUCAACUCUCUACUUCAAGUGGACAAAUGGGGAACUUCACAACAGAGAAGAAAAUGGGCCUUGAUACUUCUAUUGAUUCCUAUCUUACUUUGGGCAGCGUACUACCUCUAUGCUUGGCUCUCUGAAGAAGAUACUUCACCCGUCCUAGAAACAGUGACUGCUUGGACAUCUGCCCCAUUCUUGUACUUUUGGGACACCCUGUCAUUCCUGGCAGGCUGGAGCAUAUCCUGUAUGUCCUCGGGGAUCCAGUGGUUCGACGGCUCGUGGAUAUCUUACCCGUGGAUUGCCUUGGUCGGAUGGUGGGAAAGCUCUGCCGAUAACACUUCCACGGACGAUGUGAUUGAGGAGGCGUGGGAUUUGGAUUUUAGUGGGGUCACUGCUUGGAUUACGUGGCCGUUUUACAGUUUCUCCGCACUGCUGUCCAGUUUAGGAUCCUACUCGGCCAGUGCUGUUGCCACUCUAGGUGAAGGAGCUGCAACAACCUAUUCCACCGUGGUUUACGCUCUGUCAACAGCUUUGCUUUGGAUCUACGAGUUAAUAAUCGGAAUCCCUGCUGUUGUAGUGUCUGGGUUCGCUGCCUUAGUCGCGCCUUUGCAAUCCAUAUCGUGGCCAGCGUCUCCACCAACCCCUGAUUAUACUCCCUCCGCGCCACAUUACGAGUCACAGUUUAACCAACCCCCACCUAGUACCAGUAGUGCUGCCAACUGGGACCAUCUGCUGGGAGAUCAACAGCUGUUGGCUGCACUGGUCCGUCGUCUGCUCAGCAGUACGGAGUUUGAUCAGGUGUUGAAGGAGAAACAGCUGUCUAACCAGGCGCAGGUGGAAACUACGUUGAAGGCUGCUGUGGACAGAAUAGACUUGGAAGUGGACAAAGUGAGAGCAGAAUUGAGCGAUAAGAUUGUUUCUGAAGAAAGUUCUGUGGAGUCAAAAAUGGAACUUUUGAAACAAGAGAUUCAAGAUCUUCAGAUGGCUCUAAAUGCGCACAAGACACUAGUGUCAGAACAAGCAGCUUUUGGUUCAAAACUGGAGGAAAAACUGUCUACUGAUCAGUCGAGGAUCAGUGAAGACCAAGUAAUCAUAUUAAAGGAGCAGAUUCUGCUUGAGGUUGCUAAAGUAAGAGAAGAAAUCGUGGAGCAAGUAAUCAAUCUUCAGAUAAAUCAGAAAGUGGUCUCAGAAGCAAGUCCGGACAGUUCGCCGAAUCCUGUCACUUCAUCUACAGAACUUGAAGCCUUUGUGAACGCGACUGUGGAGAGACUACUGGCGAUAUACGAUGCUGAUAAAGUUGCCAAAGUAGACUACGCACUUGCUUCAUCUGGUGCGACCGUAGUGAGCACACGUUGUACUGAGACGUUCUCUACCAAGUCUGCCAACUACCAUGUGUGGGGAUACCCUCUGUGGAGCAAGGCUGGCAACGACCCUAAAGUUGCUUUGGAGCCAGGUAUAGUUGCUGGGCAGUGCUGGGCAUUCGUUGGCAAUCAAGGCUUCAUGAUCAUUGAGCUCAGCCAGAACAUCACCAUCACAGGGUUCACCAUGGAACAUCUGCCCAAGUCUCUCAGUCCCAGCGGCAAUAUAGACACGGCUCCUCAAGACUUUCAUGUUCUGGGAUUGGAGUCAGAAAAAGAUGACAUGCCCAUUUUGCUAGGGAAAUUUACAUAUCUGGACAAUGGAAAGAGUCUGCAGUAUUUUGAUGCUUUGGAGGUCGAUCACUCAUUCAAGAUGGUGGAGCUGGUGAUCGAAUCAAACCACGGCAGUUUGGAGUACACCUGCCUCUACAGGUUCAGAGUUCACGGCAGACCAAUCAGCACACCUUAAAUAUUUGCUGAUCGCUACAGACCAGGAAGACUGAUUGAGCCUUUGAUUGGUCGAUUCUUUCGUUUUAGUCCAAGGAUAUCGACCGAUCAGUUCCUUACAGACCUCAUAUGUUAAGUAUAGUGUAGGCAUUUAAAUUGGUUAAGUGUUGAGUCAAAUUCAAACUGGUAGUGUAACUUAAAGUAGAUUUUCCCACAAAUUGUAAAUAUAAAAUAAAAUGUAACAUCGUAACUUCCAUCGGUUGUGCAAUAAAUAAUGCAUUGACGGUUUGCAACUUUUCCUAGUCGAAAGGUGAAUAAAGGUGAUUUCGGUUUUCUGUUUCCCCUUUGCCUUUGACCAUCUUUAAGGUUUUUAACAUAUGCCCUGGCUCAAUGAGAUUAAAUAAUUGAUUUUGAAUACCAAUAGUAGCUAUUUUAAUGAUUAGCAUUUGAAAGUGAGUUUUGAAACAAACAAGAAAUUUCAAAAUAUUGGGAGAAAAAUAUUUUUUUUUUAGAUACAUAAAUAAAUUAAUAUUUAAACAAUAGAAUUGUGGUACCUAUAGUAAAUAUUGAGCCACAGAUGUUUUUCCCGGCUGAACAAUGAAGAAAGAAGGUGAAAGUAAUUAAUUAGCUUUAGAGUGUCCUUUUGAAGUUUUGAUUUUGAAUUUGGAUUUUUGGCUUGUUUGGAUUUUUAAUAUUUAUGUCUAGAUUUUUAUUUUGUAUUUUAUGGAUUUUCAAAACCUUGCUUGUUUUGUCUGUGACUCGUAUGAUAGAAUUUAACUCGGUUUUGUUUACGUGCAUUAAUAGCGUUAGGCAUGGUACAAUGUUACAAAAUAGAUUAAAUAAUUUAUUGUAAAUUAUUUUUAGUUACCUUGUACUGUAUUUAGUUUUAAUAUAAGCAAUACUUAAAUAUUUUAAAAUGUUUUUACAACUUUGUAAACUUUAUACUUUUGUGUUAUAUUUCCAUUUUUGAAAACAUUCUCACUUUGGAUUAUAUUUUUAUUGCUUAUAUUUUAAUCACUAUAUAAAAAAGGAAAAUGUACCAAAGAUGUAUUCUUGUGUCAUAAUAGAAUAUUUAACGGUAAAUAGAUUAAUGUACAUAAUAUUAUCAGCAAGAUUUUUGAAUACUUUUAUUGGGUCUUAAAUAUUUUAAGAUUGUAUUUACAUUUUGUUAUAUUUUUUAUUCUUCAAUCUGAUUGCAAUUAUAUCUUGAUCUAUCAGAAUUAUUUUCUGCUCUUAAACUUUGUUAGUUUGUAAGUAUUAACUGUUAUUCAUAUUAUUUUAGUGUACACAGUGUUAAAGUACAAAUAUUGUUAAGCGUUGUUAUUUUUGUUGUGUGAAUCCAUUUCUCAAUUUAAUUCUUGUAGAAAACUUAUUCAAUAAUUUGUUACCAGAUAAUAAAAGUUGUAUGAAAGUUAAGUACUUAUUUGCAUGAAUUCCGGUUUCUACAGUUAUGUUUGAUAGUUUUUUUUCAAAUUUAUCAAUAAGUUUUGAUAUUUGUUAUGUUCUGAUUAAUAAUUUAUUACUAUGAAUUGAAAACCUAAGCAAACCAGGAUAAUUAUUGAAUUUGUGUCUAAAAGUUUAUUUAUCUUAUUUAAUACAUCACAUUGCAUCCUUAGAUGGGGAAAAAAUUUUGUCUGAGACAGGAUCUGUAAAUUGUUUAGUCAGUAACAAGAUCACAGUAGAAAAAAAAAACAUAAAGUAACUAUGAAUUGUACUUCACAUAAAAUAUCACUUGAUCUGCAGGGUAAUUUUAUUGUUUGAAACUUAUGAAUAGUGAACCAAAAACAUUUUAUAAUUCAAGAUACAAAAUUAACCUUACCUUUCUCUGAAAAUUUCCGUUGAAAGAGCACAAAUAUUCCUCAACACAUCAUUAUGUGUUCACCGUUUGCUUUUAUUUAUUGUUUUGGAUAACGAUUUUCUGUGUUUGUAGGUUAAGUUUUUGAUUUUUUUUGUUUUUUCGUGUUUUCCUGCAUUUUUUUGUUUCUGAUGUUUGAAUUAAGUUAUUAGCCUAUGUGUUAGACUUUAUUAAAAAAAAAAAAAAUGUUUGUUAGGCAAACUGGUCCAAGAGAAUGGAACAAUUUACAUAAUAAAUCUAAAUCCUUUUUUAUAGCCUUGAUAAUCGGUAAAAUUUGUCUCUUGGUUUUCUGAUAUUGUUUAGUAAUCCACCAGUUUGAAAAUCAUGCUGAAUUCUAAUAACUCUUGGCAAAAUAAUCUUUUGGCAAAUUGAAUCAUAGUUCAGGACUUCCUUCGUAUGUUCAUAUUUUUACAGAAUUUUCAAUUGUUUUACGAAUUGGCUCACAAAAAGUUUUGCCUUUUUCACUCUCUGGUUUCAUGUGACUAAACUGUUUGUAAUUUUUAGGACGUUUGUAUCUAUUUACUUCAAACAACACACAGUGAAACCUCGAUAACAAGUCUCUUUUGAUAAAAAUACCGUAAUUUUAAAAUCCCAUAGAAUUCUAGAAUUUAUUUGCCCCUAAUUACCCCGAUAAGAAGUCAACCAUGAUAACAAGUCUUAUUUUAUAGUCCCCAUGAGAGUCUUUUUGAGGUUCUCAGUAGUUUUUAAACACGUUUUGUCUUUUGUUGAAUGCCUGAACAGAUCAUUAGUCAUCAUAAUUAAUCGUAAACAUAGUUAUCAAAAAUCUUGAAUAAAAUAGUAAGUAACGCACUUGUGCCUUUAGGAUACAAAAUGAUAAAAUUUAUCAUUUUACAUUUAAUGUAAAUAAUGUACAAAAUGUAGAGUGUAAAGUGCAAUUUGGUUUGUCUUUUUAUAAAUUUUAUUGCAAAUCUUUAUUCGUAGGAUUUUGAUUUUACCACCUGCUAAAUGAGUUUUGUCAUUAAAAAACAUUGUGAUCUGAAAA